AUGUUCCAUUCAAAGGGCUUCCGAAUCAGCUCCCAGCCCUCUCCUCUGCCACCUCCCCUCUUCUACACCCCCAAGCCGCCCAGCUCAUGGCACUCGGACGUCCUGCAGUCCAUCAGGAGACUCUUCAUCACCAUGUGCUGCGGCGGCAGCCGAACGGCCUACAAGACGAGCGACGCGGCAGUCAGGAUACUGGAGGAGGGAAAGAACAAGAUUGAGGAGGAUUGCGAGCCGCUGAUUGAAGGCGGCGUGGGAGAGGAAAGGAAAGAGCAGAAGAAGCUGGAGGUGUUGAGGGUGACGUUUCCGAGGCACGCGGCUGCGUCGUUUUUGAAGACGGGGACGUCGAGGGGGAUGAGGGAGGCGAAUUGGGUGUUGUGA